CCCCACUCCGAGAGCUUCACUCUGGAGGAGGAAAGUGAGCGAGGAGGGUUGGUCAACGUGGCAUACAGGGACCCCCCAACCCCCCCCUGUAUUUACCAACAACAGGCGUCUAUUUCCCAACACUGUACCGUCCUGCACGACCCGGACUCGUUCUCAAACUACUUUCCUCUCUACCUCGACUAAAUAAAUGCCAAGAGAAACCACACCAGAGGCAAAAGAUAAGGAUCGCUGCUCUGAAGUGGACAGACAGACUAGUCGGACAAACACGUAAAGAGAAAAACAACAAAGCGAGCGGAUCGUCGCCGUUGCUUUUUUUUUUUCUCAAUGCAUACCCUUUGUGCCCGGGGAACGAUGAAACCAGAGAUCAACGCCGCCGUGGGAUUUCUGUCGAGAUUUCUGCGCGUAAAAGGACACGUAAACGAUCGACAGGUCCAAACGUUCAACCAAAGCUUACAGGACAUUUUGUCGGAGCAAUACAAGCACCACUGGUUCCCAGACAGGCCCUGCAAGGGUUCAGGCUACAGAUGCAUCCGCAUCAACCACAAGAUGGACCCUCUGGUGGGGCAGGCGGGCCAGCGCAUCGGCCUGACCAUCCAGCAACUCUACCUGCUGCUCCCCAGCGAGCUCACGCUCUGGGUGGACCCCUUCGAGGUGUCCUACCGCAUCGGCGAGGACGGCUCCAUCUGCGUUCUGUACGAGUCGCAGCCCUGCGCCGUAAUGCCGGCGAUGGCGGCUGCCAGCUCCCCCUCAGGAAACGGGACGGGGAGCCCCAUGGUGGACAGUCACAUCAGCUGCAAGGAGGAACUGAUGGUGCUGGGCAGAACCAGUCCCUCCAAAGCCUACAAUAUGAUGACUGUGUCCAGUUAGAGAGGCACACCGUCACCCCGGCCUGCUUUUUGUUCAGGGUCGCCGUGGCCGUGGCGGGUCAGAUCACAUGGCCAGAUCAGGGUGAGCCUUUUUAAAGCUAAGAAUAUGAAAUGAAAUAGUGAAAGAAGAAAAAAAGAAAAGAAAAAAAACAGAGGAUGUGGCCUAUCGUCCAGGUGAUGGAAACCUUGUAGGUUUGAUAUUUUUGACCCUCUCCCCCCCAUUAUCAUCUGUUCUGUUGUGUCAUUGGAUCAGCUGGGCACUCCGGUUUUUCAGGAGAAGCUUUGUGGAAAUGGAACUGUUGGGGCAGCUAAACCAACCAACCAACCAACCAGGAACCCCCAUGGAGACUGGCUCCGCCUCCCCCCCUUCGACUGUAAACAACAUGGUGACCAGCUCCGCCUCUGAAGGGGCUGUCAUUGACUUUGCACUUUCUUACUUGUGGUUACUAUGGGUACAUGUUCAACACACCACCACCGCAAAACACCAAAACCUAAAUUGUAAGGAAUUUUUAUCAGGAACUACCCCUUGAAUUACAAAAUCCAGAGGUUAUUCAAUUUGUUUUGUUUCCUGGGCGGGGAGGAAGUUGAGGUUUUUUAGACUGAGCCUUUCACAAGCCAAGCUCAAGGUAAAGAAACACCCAAUGAGAGCAUCUCUAUUUUCUAUAAAACCCUUUUUGGACCACAGGGAAUUAGCUUUCUUCAUCUUGUAGCUAGGGAAAAGGUUCUUCAGUCUUAACUUUGCCUCCUCCCCCUUCUACCAUCAACACCGAGCCUCAGAAAACCUUCAUCUCAGCGUUCUCUCAGCCUGUAUGUAAGUGCAAGUGGAAUGUGUUGUGACACCUGCUACCUGUGGAUAUCAGUGUGUCCUGUUGCACUGUCACCCUCCCAUCACCCAUGUAUGUUGUGUAGCUUUCCGGGGGAGGGCCUCCCCCUCCCUCCAGUUAAUGAAUGUUGUUGAAAAUCACAAUCAAAGUUCCUGUGUUCUUAAUUUUGCCCCCUUUUCCUUCCCAUCACUUUGUCAUCUCCUGCAUCGCCAAAACUCAAAGUGUAGCAAAAAGGGGGGGCCUAUUUUACCCAAAUUUUUGGUCUCGUGGCCCUGAUAGAAUUGACGUUGAAUGCACUUUGACGUGAGAUUGUGUGGGAUGUGUACUUUUUAGAGAAAAUCGCCUGCAUUCCAUCCAUUCGAAUGUCAUCUUUUCACACCGUUUUUAUUGCCCUCCCAGUUUUUAGCCGUUUGUUCAUACUGUAGCUCCCACGUUGGGAUAGACUGAUGUCUAUUAAAUCGGGAGUGUGCAACUCUGGAUUUCAAAAAAACUUUUUUUUUUACACUGUAUUUGUGAACAUUUCAGAGCUGUUGAUUUCUAGGUGGAGAGUAUUUUUUUUUGGUGGUAUGUUAGAAACAUUCUGUCAUCCGUUCAUAUGGCACUGUUCGCUCUGGCAGGAUGCAGAGCUAAGCUGUUUCCCCCCCAGACACACACAGAUGGUGAUUUGUGUUGCUGAUAGAAAAAAAAAAAAAAGAGAGUUAGUCUGAAAGGUCUGGACUAAGUGAUGACUGUGUGAGACUUUGGCCAAAAGGGAGGUCUGGAGCACCGACUGUUCAGAGAUUAAUUUUGACUUGAAUUUAAAAACAACACCGGGCCUUGUCAGCCUUUCUAUUUUCAUUUAGCUAUUGUAAAACAGGAGAUUUAUCCUUUAUGUGUGCAUUGGAGGUGCAUUGCCUUACGAAGACCUCAUUGUCAUGAAUUAUGAGCCAUUCGUGAUUUCUGAACUAGUAUCAGCCUGGUUCAUGUGCUGCCCGGACCCUCUCCGGAGGGGUCCCUAUUCCAGCCUGGCAGCUUCAAACCUCCCCCACUCCUCCUGGCGUGGCGUGGGGGGUUCGAGUGCCUCAAGUGCCACAUAUCACCCCUCAGCUCAGACCUCCUGUUCAGCCAGAAGCGAGCCAGCCAGCAGGCUGCUAGCUAGCUAGCUAGCUAGCUGACCCCCUGUGGAUGCAGGUAGACUUUAAUGUGACACAUAUCAUCACCCAUCACCGUGGGGGGCCGGGUCAGGGAGGCGGGGAUGGGGAGCUGGUGUGAAAGAGGGGGGGCCAGGGCCGGACUCUUUUCAGUCCAGGGCAGCUAAAAUCCCUCCAGCCCCUCUUCUGGACUUAUUCACCAUCCCCUCACCGAGCCUUGGACACGCCCUCACAGGUGAUGGGUAAAAAAAAACCAACCAGCACACGCGCUUGGCGUGCUCACGCUGCACUAGGGGGGCUAGUGAGAGACGACGAAACAUGGAUCAAAGAUGAAGAAUUGAGGGUACUAGGCCAUUGUUUUCUGUUUUCAUCUCACUGGAUUGCGCUGCACUCGAUUACUGAGUUUGAGUAGCUACUUUGUUUACAUGCAUAUGGAAGGUGUGAUGAUCUGACGGACCCCCACUCCACUCUACUCCUGGUGGUGGGGCUGAGCGGCAGACGGCUAGCUGGAACAGAUGCUCCGGGCCUUUAGCCGCUGGCCAAAUCUGUCACGGCCGGCUGGUUGGCCGCUCAUCACCAGACCUAUGGGUGUUUAAGCUCCCCUAAGCCUGAGAGGAUCAUGGGUAAUAGAGCUAUAGCCUUUGACGCACUGCAACCCCCUAACCCCUCUCCCCUGCUCUCUGCUGAUACUCCCUUCAGCAAUCUGUGAAAAGCAGUGAUUCCAUGUUGGCCAGAUGGAGAGGAGCUCGUUGGGAUGGGAGCCCAGAGCUUUUGGUUUCCAUGGUGGACACCAGUUUUAAAAUCACGCUGCUCCAUUAUAGCUUUUUUUUUUUUUAUGUCACGUGACAAGAUGUUAUGAGAUUGGUCUAUACUUCGGAUGCGAGAUGAUCGUCUCGUCUCACUUUUCUCUAGAUGUAUUUUAUGGUCACACUGGUAGAUUUAUCUCAUCUUUCCACUCUGCCAUCCCCCAUUUUCUCCUCUUCAUCCUCUUUUUUUUAAAGAGGAUUUUUUAGUCUGGUGAUCUAACCCCACUUUUAACCGUUUUUUUAGAACUACAAAAUAUCAAAAAAAAAAAAAAGUAACCCAAAUCCCUUUUCGACACCUUCUCAACUGUUCUACCACCACCCAAAAAAUGGUUUAAGUCCUCAGUAAUAUUGAUUAUUUAAAUGGCAUCCAUUCAGCUUGUGCGCACAUAGGUUACAGAACUGUCGUGAGAGUGCUUUGAGUAGUCAGAGGUAAAAUAGCACAUAAAAUGCACUAAAUAUGUCAAGUUGAAGUUGUGACAUUUUUUUGAGACGCGAGGAGUCUCUCCUGGAAUGUAUUGCCAAACUCAGGCCUCGGACAUUCAAUAAAUCCCCUUGUGGAGAAGUUGUGCAUGUUAAGACAUGAAACAGGAAGGGAACAGCAGUUUCGUUGUUGUUGUUGUCGUCAAAAAUUGUCAUCGAUUAGUUGAAUUAUUGCCACUUUCACAUUUGAGGUGUUUUACAUAUUGUAGAAUGUAUUGUAACUGUACAACAUAUGGUAGAGUACAUAACAUUACACAUGGGAAGUGCCAAUAAUUGCUAUCCUGAGGUGUUUUUAGAUUUAUUCCUUUUUGUAUUUCAUCUUUUAACAUGGAUAACGCUUUUCGUAAGUGAAGCCAUUUGUGAUGGGAGUGUUGGCAAGGACCAAAGUUGUUUUGGUAAAAAAAUAUUAGUUUCCAUGAUCUGUAAGUGUAGACGUAUCCUUUGUUUUUUUUCUUUUUCUUUUCAGUUUUUCCUUUUUUUUUUUCUAUUUACAUACAAAACCAGAAAAUAGACAAAAAAAUCUGAGCUUACCCAAGAAGAAAAGCUGUCUAUCUUGUGAUCUCAUGUCAGUACAUCUUUAUCGUGUUCAGUUUCUUUUCCUUGGGUAUGUUGUGAUGAACUGCUGUAAAUUUGUACAGUUCAUGUAAAUUGAUUGUGCGGAAGUUGUACAGAUUUCUAUAUUUUGGAAGAAAAGUUUUUUUUCUCUGUAAUAAAAGAUUUCCUAUCUUGGCAUCAUA